CCCCUCCGACUACCUUUAGCCAAACAUUCACACGCACCUCGCCUAAGAAUGAAUUGGCGUUGAUUGCCUGGUCGAGUGCAGGAGAUCCUGGCAUGAGAUUCUUCUCAGUUACGAAAAGGACUUCAAAGACAUCAGACCUCCUUACAAAUCAUGCGGAAGCUACUGCUCAUUCUAGGAGCUUAUCUGGGCGUUGCAGUGUCCCAAGAUGGCAGACCACCUCUUCAAGUGGACGUGACCAAGACCGCGAGUUGUGAAGAGGCCCAAAAAGCGGGAGAAGGCGACAAAGUCACCGUUCACUACGGCGGUUUCCUGAUGGAUGGCAAGAAAUUCGACUCCAGUUUUGAUCGCCAGAAGCCGUUCACUUUCGAAUUGGGCGUGGGUCAGGUAAUCCCAGGCUGGGACCAAGGGCUGGUUGGGGUGUGCCCUGGCGAAGAGAGACAUUUGGUUGUUCCCGCCCCUUUGGCGUAUGGUGAACGAGGAGCUGGAGAUGUCAUUCCACCGGGAGCCACUCUCCUCUUCGAUAUAGUUAUCGUUGACGUGGAACAAGUUCGAAGCGAGGAAGAGAUUCGAAAAGAACAAGAAGAGGAACGACACCGACAGGAAAUCAAAGAGCGAAGAGAGGAACAGGAACGUCGGAGAAUGGAGCAACAAAGCCGACGGAAACAAGAACAAGAGGAAGCGGCUCGAGAGGCAGCCGCAGCUGAGGUAGCCGCGGCUGAAGCGGCCGCCGCCCAAGCAGAUUACGAUGAGGAGUAUGAGGAAGAACCUUGCGGAGGUGGAGAACUCCGGACCCGAGUUGAAUUCGCUCCUCGCAUUUGUCCCCGAAGAUCUCGAGUGGGUGACAAGCUGAGUAUGCAUUACACGGGUAAACUGACAGAUGGAACCAAAUUUGACUCCAGUCUGGAUCGCAACAAGCCCUUUGACUUCACGCUGGGAGUGGGUCAAGUGAUCAAGGGCUGGGAUGACGGCGUAUUGGACAUGUGUGUGAAUGAGAAGAGGACUCUGAUCGUGCCACCCCACAUGGCCUAUGGUGAAUCCGGAGUGGGGAGUGUGAUUCCACCCUGUGCCACCCUUGUGUUCGAAGUGGAGCUCCUAGAUAUUCAAUAGUACAUGAUGUGUCAAGUCAAACAGAGUUUUCUAGUUCAAAGAAAGACGCCUUCUAAAUAAAAUAUGAACCAUGA